AACGCUCUUUCUCAUUUGAGGAGGGAUUCUCCCUGCAGAAACGCAAGAAACCUCUUCCUCUCUGCGCGUCUUUCCUUCCCAUUUCUCGCAAGCUCCCACACUUUUUCAUUAAAACGCAGAGAUCUCGCUCUACAGAUCAGUUCCCGAACCGAGGAUUUCCCAAUUUCUUCUAUUUUAGGGCGCGUUCGUCUACAAUCCGGAAGCUUCUGUGAUCAGAGAGAAUUUCUUCGAUUUAAGAGCGCGUUCUUCUGUAAUCCAGAAGCUCCUUUGAUCGGAGAGAGAGAGAGAUUUUGAUCGAUUUGAGGUUCUUAUUUCACAGAUUCGAUUGUUCUUGUUAUUUCCUGUUGAAAUUAGGGAGAAAAUCUGUUUUCUGUUGGAAAAUGUUCUUCUCGGGAGAUCCAUCCACGCGGAAGAGAGUCGACUUAGGUGGACGGAGCUCAAAAGAAAGAGACAGGCAGAAGCUUCUUGAGCAGACACGGCUCGAGAGGAAGCGGCGGUUAGGGCUGCGGCAGCAGAAUUCAGCUGCUCUCAAGAUUCAGAAAUGCUUCAGAGGGAGGAAGGCUGUUGAAGCUGAACGUGCUAAGGUGCGAGAACAAUUCCAUAUUAGUUUUGGGGAGCGCUGCCAAAAGGUAGACGGGAAUUCUUUCAAUUCUGAAUCGGAGUUCCUCCGUCAACUGCUCUUCUUCUUCAAUGCACGCAACAGCAGCGAUUGUGUUCUCCUUGUGGAGACAUGUCGAUUACUUCAGCAUUUUGUUCGAGUUAGUGGGAAUGUCAUGAACCUCUUUGGUAGCACGGAUUAUUCUUCAAAGCAUGCUAUUGUGGAGAACAGAGUCAAACGACUUGCAUUUGCCUGUCUCCAGGCUGUUCAUCAUAACAGGGAUCAGCUGAAGGAUCAACUUCUGAUGUCACCUGAGUCCUCUAGUGUACCAACAGUCAUCUUGCUGGAGGCAGUUGUUACCUUGACAGAUCCCAACCUUCCAUGGGUUUGCAAAGUUGUUGGCUAUCUCUCACAGAGAAAUACACAUGGCUUGUUGCGGGAUAUCGUCCUUACAGGGCGAAAUGUGAAGACUCGGGAUACUUCUCAAAGUAGAUCUUCCUUGGAACGAGUUGUUACGCUAAUUGCUUCGCAUAUCGGUCAGCACCCAUGUAGUUGUUCUAAUUCUGACUCACGGUGGAGUUUCUCCUCACAACUUCUUUCCAUACCUUUCUUGUGGCAGCAUUUUCCAUACUUAAAAGAGGUCUUUGCAACUCGGGGCCUAAGCAGCCAUUAUAUUCAUCAGAUGACAUUGUGUUUUCAUGGUCAUGCCAAUGUUCUUCCUGAUGACAUAUCACACGAAUUUCCUGGGUAUGCCUGUCUGCUUGGAAACAUAUUAGAAACUGCUGGGGCUGCCUUUUCUCAACCAAACUGCACAUUUGAUAUGGCCAUAGACUUUGCAGCUGUUUCAACAUUUUUGUUGGAGGCAUUGCCGCCUAUAAAAUCUUCCAUUACAGCAAAUUCGACAUUGGGUGAAGCUGAAAUGGCUGUUGAUGAGGAAUUUGUUGAAGUUCUGAGCAAGGAUUUGGAGCGACAGAUUUCCAAUGCAAUAGAUCCACUCUUCCUUCAGCAGUUGGUAAAUGUUUUGUUUAAAGAUGCCUCAUCUAGCAAUGGGAUGCACAAUGCGGAUGUGGUGGCCGUGGGUGCAGUUUGUGCUUUCCUGCAUUGUACGUUCAAUAUUUUGCCCCUUGAACGCAUCAUGACUGCACUAGCUUACAGAACUGAGCUCGUUCCUAUACUUUGGAAAUUUAUGAAGCGGUGCCAUGAGCGUCAACAAUGGCCAUCUUUAUCUGAGCAAACAGCACAUUUAUCUGGAGAUGCUCCUGGUUGGCUAUUACCUCUCGCUGUUUUCUGUCCUGUGUAUAAGCAUAUGCUCAUGAUAGUUGAUAAUGAGGAGUUCUACGAGCAAGAGAAACCACUCUCACUGAAGGAUAUCAGAGGCUUGAUUAUUAUUCUAAAACAGGCCUUGUGGCAACUCCUAUGGGUCAUUCCUGGAAAGUCCUCCACCUUCCAGAAGUCUGCUACCAACUUCUCUGAUCAUAAGAGACUUUCUAUACAUUUCAUUCAACAUAAAGUUGGCAUUGUAACCUCUGAGCUCCUCACUCAGUUGCAAGACUGGAAUAACAGACGGCAGUUUACACCCCCCUCUGAUUUUCAUGCACAAGAAGCAGUGGAUGAUAUUUUUGUCUCUCAGGCUGCAGUUGAAAAUACUAGAGCAUACGACAUAUUAAAACAAGCUCCCUUUUUGGUGCCAUUUACAAGCAGGGUUAAAAUAUUCACUUCACAGUUAGCAGCUGCCAGGCAAAGAAAUGGUCACAAUGCUGCUUUCACCAGACAUCGCUUCAGAAUAAGACGAGAUCAUAUUUUUGAAGAUGCUUUUAAUCAGAUCAGUGUAUUGUCUGAGGAGGAUCUUCGAGGGAUGAUACGUGUAACAUUUGUCAAUGAAUUUGGAGUUGAGGAAGCUGGUAUUGAUGGUGGUGGGAUUUUCAAGGAUUUCAUGGAGAACAUCACUCGAGCAGCUUUUGAUGUACAAUAUGGGCUAUUUAAGGAAACAACAGAUCACCUACUAUACCCAAACCCGGGGUCAGGAUUAAUACAUGAUCGGCACCUCCAAUUUUUCCAUUUUCUGGGAAGUGUUCUUGGAAAGGCAAUGUUUGAAGGGAUUCUUGUUGAUAUACCAUUUGCAACAUUCUUCUUGAGCAAAUUAAAACAAAAGUACAACUAUCUAAAUGAUUUGCCCUCACUAGAUCCUGAGCUAUAUCGGCACCUUCUUUUCUUAAAGCAUUAUGAAGGAGAUAUUUCAGAGUUGGAGCUGUAUUUUGUCAUUGUAAACAAUGAGUAUGGGGAGCAGACAGAAGAGGAACUCCUUCCAGGUGGAAAAGAGAUGCGUGUUACAAAUGAGAAUGUUAUUACAUUUAUACAUCUUAUUGCCAACCAUCGUUUGAAUUUUCAGAUACGUCAUCAAAGUUCACAUUUUUUGCGAGGAUUUCAGCAACUUAUACAGAAAGAUUGGAUGGAAAUGUUCAAUGAGCAUGAACUUCAGCUUCUCAUAUCAGGCUCACUUGAGGGCAUGGAUGUCAAUGACCUGCGGGCUAAUGCUCAUUAUGCAGGUGGCUAUAAUGAGGAACAUCAGGUCAUCCAUAUUUUUUGGGAAGUUCUCAAAAACUUCCCUUCGGACUAUCAGAAGAAAUUUCUGAAGUUUGUGACUGGAUGCUCUCGAGGACCGUUACUCGGGUUCAAGUAUCUGGAACCACCAUUCUGCAUACAGAGGGCUGCUCCUGGAGAUCCUUCUGAAGAAGAUCUUGACCGGUUACCAACUUCGGCAACUUGCAUGAAUCUUCUAAAGCUCCCACCAUAUAGAAGCAAAGAGCAACUGGAAAUGAAACUAAUGUAUGCAAUAAAUGCGGAUGCUGGUUUCGAUUUGAGCUGAUGAAGCCCAGAAACAUCAUGACUACUUGUACUACUUGUGGAUUAAAACUGCCAUUGACGGGCCACCCAGGCUCUCAUCAACAAAAACGUCUGAAGUAUAGCGGAGGUAGGAGGGACAUCUAUUGUUUUUAUGGAGCUAGUUACAAAGGGAUUGGUUAGAGGAUGGAGAAAAAAAAGCGAAAAGCAUGUACAUACCAAUAUGUACAUAAGUAGGAGCUUGCCCAAAGGGAAAAGGAAAGUGUAUUAUCAAACGUGGAAAAUAUGGAUUUUGAUAAGCUGGACCAAGCAAUCUCGGCAAUGACAUUGAAUGAUGUCUGUUGUUAUAGUCAUGAUCUUAUUUUAUUCUGUUUUUGGUUUUUC